AUGAAGUUCGAUUAUUUUGUGUUUGGACUAAUUUUAUUAUGUUCAGAUUCUAUUUACGGACAAAUUGAAACGAUCAAAGAAGAGUCUGUAACUGAUCAAGGAUGGUUAUUUCAGUAUAUGAUGUUUUCAAGCAGUGAUAAAAUCACUUCUGUCUUUUUAUAUCAUAUACAUGAAUCAACACCAAUUUUAACAAUAGUAGAUAUCCCAAUUGAAUACCUUUAUUAUAUCAGCUGA